AUGACAGCAGCAACGCUCUCCAACCUCAUACCACCACCGCCCUCCCGCGAGCGCGCGCGAUCGACAUCCCCCCUACCCUCCCAAACAAACCCACAACCACAACCCCAGCCGCCACCGCUCCUCCUCACGAUCCGCUUCAGCGCCGCGCUGCCCGACCUCGAGCUCGACAUUCCGCGCCCAAGCAGCACGACGGUAAUCUCGCUAAAGCACCUGAUCCGCGGACGGCUGACGGAGCCGAACUCGCAGCGGCGCCUGCGCUUCAUCCACGGCGGCAAGAUCCUGCCCGACGGCGCCGUGCUGACGGCCGUCUUGCGCGCGCCGCCACCACCUCCGCCGCGGUCGCCGUACGAUAGACAGGGCUACAAUCACGAUGCUCUGGGUGGCAGUCGUCGAUACGAGGAUGGCAAUGGUUAUGGUGAUGGAAAGGGCAUAGGCAAGGGCAAGUCCGUAGCCGGCCGCCCCGACCCGCCGCAGCGCAUCUACGUGAACUGCAGCAUCGGCGACAGUCUGACGUCGACCGAGCUCGAGACCGAAGCCGCGGCCGCCGCAGCGCCGCCUCCGACAUCAUCAUCCUCCCCCUUUCCCUCGUCCACCUUCCCGCACAACCUCAACACCCACAAUGCGCACCACCUAGCCGCCCACUCCCCCGGCCCAGGCACGCCCACUCCCUCAACAUCAACCGCCCCCCGCGGCUUCGACCGCCUGCUCACGGCCGGCUUCACGAACUCCGAGGUCAACCAGCUGCGCCUGCAAUUCCGCAGCAUCCACUCGUCGUGGUACACGCCCGACACGCUGCCGAGCCCGGACGGGUUCCGGCGCAUGGAGGACGCGUGGAUCGACGACAACGGCGGCGCCGCCAUGCCGACGAACCUGUCCGGAUCCGGGUCUGGAGGAGGAGGGAUAGGGGGAGGCGGCACCCUAGGCAUGGAGGGCGGCGGCACGGAUAGCGACGAGCUUGGCCUCGUGGCCAUGGUCGACGUGCUGAUCCGCGGCGUCAUCACGGGCUUCAUGUGGCCGCUUGGCAGCGCCGGCUGGCUGGUCCGCGAGGAGGGCAUGGCGAGUGGCCGGUGGAGGUUCAUGGUCGGCGUGGGUGUGUUCAUCAGUGUUAUAAUAGGGGUCAUCAGGGCGAUUUCUGGUGCUAAAUGA